UUUUCUCGCGCGCUUUUGCUUUUUGUUGUCUGGCUUGUUUUGUUUGUUUGUUUGCCUGUUUUAUUGGGGGAUUGGUUCCAGAGGCGGUGAGAAGAUGAAUCGCUGCCAUGGACGAUUAUAUGUUCAAGGCCAAUGUUGAGCGCUGCGUAUUUGUUCCCGAAGCUACUAGCUAUCUGGAAAUCUACUCGUACUCUGACCCGUCGUUGAAUACAGUGGAGGAGCAUCCAUUGACUCCAGAUGAAUUUGAGAACUUCCUCCAUCGAAGGGGAGUUUAUACUCCCCGAGAAGUACCACCUGGGGUUGUUCAACUAGGUUGCCUACGAUUGAUCCUGCAACUGAAUGCGUCCGAUCCCAAUACUUUCAGCCCUCAUUACAUCAGUAUCAAGCACAGCAUGUACCGGGCUAUGGUAGAAACAAUGAACCUGCCCUAUCGCGCAAUUGAGAGCACGAGUUGCGUUGGGCCCUUCUUCUGGUGCGCAUACGACCAGAACGAAGCCAAUCCUCAUCUCCAGAUUGUCAAUCGGAAGAGCGAUGUUCGCAAGAAGGGCUUCACUCGCGGUUGGGAACUCACCCUCUCCCACGAUGUGAACAAUGCCAUCACGACCGGGUACGCCAAGGGCACCGCUAGUUCCGAUAUGGUGGAGUGCAUCAAGCAUCUCAAAGCAUGUGUCUUGCAAAUCGGUCAUCCAAUGCUCCUCCCAAUCAUCAUAUUCAGCCACGAUGUGAGCUUCAAGACUGACAUCAAACAACGAGAAGCACGUGAUUGGCUACGGCGCCUCGAGCAUGCCGUGAGCAUGCGGAACGAGAUUGUGGAGAAAGAGGGGUACGUGACCGAUGGUGUUGUAGAUCUGGAUGCCAUCAACAGGGAUCUCGUUGAGUGUCACUCGCAGGUUCUCUGGAAGAGACCCAAGGCCUACCUCGAGAUCGUGGCGGGGAUCGAGAAGGCUCUGAAGAAGUUCUGGGACAAGUUACCAGAGCAUAGGAGAGAUGAGCAGAUGAGGAAGUUGCAGGCUAGUAUGGAGGCCCGCCUGGACUUUUAUAGAGUCAAGUUGCAGGGGAUAGAGAGUUAUGCCUAUACGACCCUGCAAAGGCUUGACAUCCAAAGGAGCGCCCUGUACAACAUCAUCGCGCAAAAGGAGAGCAAGCUCAACUUCCAAAUGGCAGGAGAACAACGAAAGCUCGCGCACGCCAGCAAACGGGACUCUACGGCAAUGAAGACCAUCUCGCUCCUCGGCGCCAUCUUCCUACCCGGCGCGUAUCUCGCAUCCGUAUUCUCCAUGACGUUUUUCAACUUCCAGAACCCGGGCCCCGUGGUCUCGAGUAACUUCUGGAUCUACUGGGCCAUCACGGUGCCGCUGACCAUGGCCAUCGUGGGCUUCUGGUACGUGUGGGAGAAGCGCAGGGAAGCUAUCUACGAUAAGGAGGAUGUGGACCUCGAGAAGGGGAGCGAGGAUAUGGAGAGGCAGAUCAUGGCUAUGAUGCGGAAGAGGACAAUGAGUAAGGCUAGUACUUGGGGUACGGCUACGAAGAAGAGUGAGUAGAAAAGGGAGGGGCGGCUGGAACGAGCUAUACGAGGUUACGAUGUUGAUGCUUAUGAUUGAUGAGAGCACUUCAUGAUGAUGAUGACGACGGAUGAUCUUAUGAACAAAUACAUAAAAACUAUAUAGAUACUAUUCCGGAUUAACUUUUGGGUAUCUGGAUAAUAUUCAGGCGUUUCUAUUGCUUACAGAAACCGCAUCUACAAACUGCUUAGGCGCUAUAUCCUACCUACCUAUGUAGUAUUCAUCAUGCGUAAAAUUUGGUCAUAAGAUGGCAAGUUCUACGCCCUUUUUGCAUCUCUCCCGGCCUUCUUGAUGCCUACCUUCAACUUUUAGUAGAGAAUAAGACGGCUGCAAUCCGCGUCCGAGCUUUGUUUUAUCAAUUAAUGUAUGAAUAGAGAGCUCGAAAAUCAAUAUCUCAGAGUAACCAGACU